UGUCCGCUGUGUAAACAGCCCCUGAGAUUGAUAGGGGUGCGUGGCCUCUCACCUCACCAGGCCUCCUGCCUGCCUGCCUGUGUGCUGCUGAUCUCUUCGACAGGCCCACCACCCGCACCGUCUGCCCUCCAUCGCCGCCCUCCACGGCCCCUGCACUGCCCCGCCUGCGUGCCCUCCUGCCCUGCCUGCCCUCCCGCGCUGCCUCCCUCCUCCUCCUCCACCUCCUCCUCGUCCUCCUCCACCUCCUCCUCGUCCUCGCCAGACCUUCAGCAUGAGUUACUACAUGGAUCCUGUUGCAGCCUACCCUCCUCUGGCCCUUCACCCCGUUGACCGUCUGGGUGCCAUGAGACAGAGUGGUGGUGGCAUGGCCAUGGCGAUGCCCAUGGGUCAGCCUGUCCACCUGCCCGCUGCGUGCCACCCUCCGCAGCAGAUGUACCCCACCAGGCCCCUGUAUGCCCAGGACGGCACCCUCCAGGAGGUCCCCAACGGCCCGGAGAGCUGCGCAACAGGUACAGUAGACCUGGACUGUGGAGACAUGCCCCUGCUGACUCCUGGGAGUAAAGAGAUGAUGUCACAGGCCCUCAAGGCCACCUUCAGUGGCUUCACCAAGGAGCAGCAGCGACUGGGAAUCCCCAAAGAUCCCAGACAGUGGACGGAAGCCCACGUCAGAGAGUGGCUGACAUGGACAGUGAAUGAGUUCACCCUGAAGAACGUGGACUUUGACAAGUUCUGCAUGAACGGCGCCAACCUGUGUGCCCUAGGCAAGGACCGCUUCCUUGACCUCGCUCCUGACUUCGUAGGAGACAUCCUUUGGGAGCACCUUGACAUGCUACAGAAAGAAGACAAGUAUUUCCCCAUCAACGGCUUGACCUCCUCAUUCCAGGAAUCCCGCUAUACCUCAGACUACUUCGUCAGCUAUGGCAUUGAGCAUGCCCAGUGUGUGCCGCCCUCAGAGUACACGGAGCCCGGCUUCAUCACGGAGUCCUACCAGACGCUCCACCCAAUCAGCUCCGAGGACCUGCUGUCCCUCAAGUACGAGAACGACUCCUACCCCGGCGCCAUCCUGCGCGACACGCCCCUCAACCCGCUGCCCGGCGACUACUUCCCCAUCAAGCAGGAGGUGGUCUCCCCAGACAACAUGUGUGUGGGACGCAUGAGCAGAGGGAAACUUGGCUGCCAGGACUCCUUCGAGAGCAUCGACAGCUUCGAGAGCUGCGACCGGCUGACGCAGUCGUGGAGCAGCCAGUCGUCCUUCAGCAGCCUGCAGCGCGUGCCCUCCUACGACAGCUUCGACUCGGAGGAGUACCCCAGCGCCCUGCACAGCCACAAGCCCAAGGGCACCUUCAAGGACUACGUGCGCGAGCGCUCCGACCUCAGCAAGGACAAGCCGGUCAUCCCCGCGGCCGCCCUGGCCGGGUACACAGGCAGUGGACCCAUCCAGCUGUGGCAGUUUCUGCUGGAGCUGCUGACCGAUAAGUCUUGUCAGUCCUUCAUCAGCUGGACGGGAGACGGCUGGGAGUUCAAGCUCUCCGACCCAGACGAGGUUGCACGUAGGUGGGGCAAGAGGAAAAACAAGCCCAAGAUGAACUACGAGAAGCUGAGUCGAGGCCUGCGCUACUACUACGACAAGAACAUCAUCCACAAGACGUCGGGCAAGCGCUACGUCUACCGCUUCGUUUGUGACUUGAAAAGCCUGCUAGGCUACACGCCGGAGGAGCUGCACGCCAUGUUGGAUGUUAAGCCUGACAACGACGAGUGAGUGAGGGGGCGGUCGCAGAGAAAAGACACGGGGCAACACAGCGACAGAGAACGCUUUAAACCACCAGAGACCAGAAAAGUAUUUUCUCACCAUUUGAACUACCCCCUCCGCCCUAGCAACCCUAUGCCGUCCAGUCACAUUCUGACUUUACAACUUUGUUUCUGAUUUCUUUAAAUUCUUUUUAAAGAAGAGUUGCUUUAAAACUCUGAGGUUACCGCAGAGUUCUUUUUUUAAUCGUGAAAGAGGAGGCAUCGAGAAAAAAAGGUUGUACACCAAAGUUCAUAUAUUUCCAUUGUGUGUGCAGAGAUGGCAGGUGUCUUCUUAAUAGUGGCUCUGCGGUGAGGAGAUGAAAGUCUGUGCUAAUUUAUGCACUGCUCAGCAGUAGUAUAAGUAGAGCUAGCAUAGCAUCUCACCCAGCUAGCAAAACAAACAGCCCACACAAAGGGCUCGGAAGACGCUGAGGUGGUUUCAUUCUCAUCGGACACUGUGUGCAGUCAAUGGGGGCCAUGUGGUCCUGUUCUUAAAUAUAUUGCCAAAAUCCAGAGAUUUAUAAUAAGUAGUAAUGUAUUAUAUUAACUUACACACUGUCUUACCCCUCCUGAUCAAGGCGGGCAAUGGUAUGAGUCUUUACAUGAGGACCAAAAUAUGUGUUCCACUUUUUAAAAUCUGUAAUUUCAGAUAUUUUUUUGUUUGUGCCAGUAUUAUUUUUACACCUUUGUUUUGUACCUUUUUGCGUUCAAAUGUUGUUACAUUGUUUAUGUAACUUUCCACACAAAUGAAGGUAUUCAGAAACCAAAUAGUAAUUUUUUCUCAUUCCUUGCCCGGCAAAAGAGAUUGUGAUUUCUUUUUCUUUCAUGCGAGUAGAGGUAGUAAUGGGAUAGUCGCAGACUCUCAUUCGUCUCGUGUCUCGCUCCUUCUUUUGUGGAGCUCUGAGGGAAACGUUAACUUUUUUACUCAAACCGAGAGAAGGGUUGUUGACAUAACUGAAAGUGGCCGUUGCUCUUCAACGGUGACUGCCAGCGCUCGUACUCAUUCAGACGCCUGCCACUUCGCAGCAAACGACUACAGCUAUAACUCAUCCAGACACUGCAGAUGUGCACACUUAACUGCCAGUCGCACGGUUACAGCCAAGACGAGCGAGCGUUGCCCUUUUGUUACAAGUGGCGCUGAAGACAUCAGUCAUAGUGAUCACACGCUUUGCCCGUUUUUGUUUUUUGGUCUGCAAUGCCUUAAAGUAAAGUAGCAAGACUGUAUUUAAUAUUCACAGCUAAAAUAGGUUUUCUUUGUGUAUCAAAUAUAUGUUGAGAUAUGUAAAUUUGAGUGGAUGUGUGACAUUAGUAGUGUCACAUAAGAAAGAAAUAGAUGAUCUAUGGCACCGAUGACAAAGACAUUGAAUGAAAGAGAAGGAGAAAUAGAAAGACACAGGCAGAGAGGUUCCAAAAGUGAGAGAAACUGAACAAAAGCUUCAGCGACACAUAUGUAUGCUGUGUUGCCAUUUGAAAGAAUAGGAAAGUAAGUUGAAGGGUGUAGAACGAUUUGUAUGGAAUUCAGAAGGCAGUAGCCAUGGUGAACAUCAUGGCGAAAGACUGAAAUGGAUUGCAGGAAAUGAAUAGUGUACGUUAGACAGUCUGAUCUUGAGAGGACAAGCUCUUGCGAUGGCAAUCUCUAUUAAGUGGUGAUGAUGGAAUGAUUGGUACAUGUUACCAAAGGCCUCUGCCCAUACACACUGGUAGCGAGUCAGAUACUUUUUUUGGCUUCUAGCUUUCUUUUUUAGCUCUUUCAAGUCACAGUCGGAGACACUUAUUUAACCGAGGUGGGCAGUAAAACCAGUGGCAGCUCCCAGGCAUUAAAAAAAAUGUUUUCAGUUUUUUUGUUUCUUUUGUGGAAAAGUCCUAUGAACUUCCAGUAUGGUUUGUAUUUUGUGUCAUGAAAAAAGUCAUAGUGACUGCCAUCAUUGUGUUUUUGAGAGCAUUGUUUUGGUUUUCCACUUAAGUGCUGCCAUUUUUGAUUGCACUCCAAUGUGGGAAGAACUCAGUACACUGGCCUUAGUGGGGCAAGCCAAAGUCAAGAAAUGUCUUUUUUUUUUUUUUUAAACAAAUGUUAUUGUUUACAGUAGCUGAAUGUUACCCGUCCUGAUUAGAAUAGCUUUCCAAAUUGUCUGUUUGUACAGAUUGUAUUUCAUAACCCUUUUAUUAAAAUGUCUAGAUGAAACAAACAAACAAUCGACAAAAGCAGAAAUAAUAACCAACCCAUGGGAGGUCUAAGAGCACACCGCAUCAGGCUCAUGUUUCCCACAGGGAAAUGGGCGCAGUGAGGGGACCAACUGCCCUACUACUGUACUGUAGCCAUUGCAUAGCAUCCAAUCAGGGGCUACUCUAAAUGCAUUACAGUAAGUCAAACAGUUAUCUGCUGUAGCAAUUUGCGUCCAGUAUAAUCAAUGGAACAGGCUGCACCAGAAGUUGCCCAUUUUUUUCAAUGCAUUUUUGACACAGCUUAACUUACCGUAACGUGAAACAUCCAGUGUAGGCCAAGCUUUAUGCUUCACACAGACCAUGGGUCCACUCCGCUCUGUGGAAGCAAAGUGCCUCUUAUUAAGGGUCAUGAUGCGUAGAAAGUAUCAUCCAAUACUUAAACGUUUGCAUUAGUUUUCAAUGUGAAUGUUAUAUGAUUCAGGAUUUUUUUGUUUUCUGUUUGUAUUCUGUUGUGUAAUUGAAGUUUCAUGACAGGGAAUAGUCCAUAUCACAAGCUCUGGUGAAGAAUUGUUCUCAUUCAGCCCCUUGCUGUGUCGAGCGGUUUGGUCACAUUUUUUUGUUUUGUUUUGUAUGGUUUUGCUCUGUUUUGUUCAGUUUGGCAAAGUAGCCCCCUUUUAAUGUCAGCAUGUGCAUCUAUAACAGAGACAUCAAUAACAGUGAAGUUUGACAGAAUCCACAAGAAUAGGCCUACUUCAAAAUAGGAGUAGGUAACAGAUAUUGAUAAGGAAAGCAUUUUUUCUGUUUGCUUUUUUGUAUAUUUUAUAGUGUUUCUGUAUUUUUUUUUUGUUAAAUGAAAAUUUUAAUGUAUUUUAGUUCACAAACAUUUGAAUAUUUUUCAAUAAUUUAUAUUUUAUAACUUUGAAAUAUGAGAUGCAGACAGCUGGUGCUUUCAUGGGAAAAAUAAAAAAAGGUAGCACAGGACACAAUGUAGCGAUUUUUUUGUUUCCUUUUUUAUACAAAAAUUAUAUGGAAUUGAAGACCUGUCUGCUUAUAUACGGUUGUGUAAAGAGUAAAAAAAAGAAAGGCUGAUGCUGGCCCAUCAUUAUGUUCUGCUGGAAAGUUUUAUAAACUGUAGCUUCUAUUUCUUAUUGUAUUUCAAAUUGUUACGUUAUUAAAAUAUAUG